AUGAAGGCGCCGGUUCGACGAUCGAAGCGGGUUGAUCAGGAGGAUUCAGAACUCAAGGUUACUACUCCGGUGGCGCUACGCGCACGAGAGAAGAAGAAUAGUUCCAAGACUCGAGCUGUUCGGGUCAGACCCGAAUACCCACUGACCCGCACCACCGCCGAGGAUAUGAAGCUAAUGCCUCCGGAGUUCUUUCAAAUCGACGCGCUUGAUCUUGCGCCGCGUUUGCUCGGCAAGUUUCUGAGGAAAGACAAUGUUGUUCUGCGUAUUACAGAGGUAGAAGCUUAUAGACCAAAUGAUUCAGCUUGCCAUGGACGAUUCGGGGUUACCUCACGGACCGCACCAGUUUUUGGACCAGGAGGGCAUGCUUAUGUUUAUCUAUGUUAUGGUCUCCAUAUGAUGCUCAACAUUGUUGCUGAUAAGGAAGGUGUUGGAGCUGCUGUAUUGAUACGCUCUUGCUCUCCUGUUGCCGAGGGUGAUGGCAUUGCAGGGCUGGAGACCAUACAAGAGCGUCGUGGCCAGAAAACCGACAAACCCGUUCUUCUUAAUGGACCAGGAAAGGUAGGGCAAGCGCUUGGACUUUCAACAGAGUGGUCUCAUCAUCCUCUCUAUUCUCCUGGAGGGUUGGAGCUUCUUGAUGGAGGAGAAGAAGUGGAGAAAGUAAUGUCUGGUCCUCGUGUUGGGAUAGAUUACGCAUUGCCUGAACAUGUCAAUGCCUUGUGGAGAUUUGCCAUCGCAGACACUCCAUGGAUAAGUGCUCCUAAGAACACUCUUAAGCCUCUCUAA